AAGAGGGGGAAAGUGGGAUCGCGAGUGGGGGAAAAUGCACUGAAAAGUGACGUUUUUUGGGGGGAGUGCACGUGCCCGGCGUGCGGAGGGCAAGAUCCGCGGGAGGGUGUAGAUAAGGGUGGAGGGGGAAGGGGGAAGGAGCUCUCGGAGGGUGACAGAAGUCCACCUGGAGAGGUCAGAGAAUGAAUUAGCCAAAAGUUGGGAUACUCCGCCACCCAUCCACACACAAGGCUAGCUCCUCGGCCCCUCCACCUCCUCGGAAAAGAGCCAAGCCUACGCCCAUGGAUGAGGAGAGGAGUGCUCCUGCCAUCUCCCCAAAGCCACCAGAGGAUGGGGACCCCUGUCCCGCAGCCCCCCUUCCCAUCUUACAUGUAAAGGCUACCAUAGAGAUUGAAAAUAAGGCCCUGAUCCCAACAACAAGUAGAGAUGUGGCCAACACCUACACUGAGCCCCUCAUAUUGAGGUCAGAUGUCAUCCCAGAGAGGACACAAGGUGACGACGGAGGCAAAUGCAAAAGCAGCCUCUCGCACCCUGAGCUCACAACACCCAGCAGGAGUAUCACAUGUCAACCAGCAGCCAGAUCCACACCCAUCCACCCCACCCAGCCAUGUCGGACGCAACCUAGCAGCCAAAUACGCAACGGAAUUAAACAUCACGCACACACACACUCCCCUCACUGUCCGCGUCCCACACCUCACACACAUUCACUCCAGUCUGGCGGGGACAGGAAUGGGGGCCCUCAUCCAAAACUGGGCUCCCUCCCCAGAGGAGGCUCAUCCACCUCCUCCUCCUCCUCAGCAGGGCCCAGGAACAGCAAGAAGUUGCAGUCUAACCCCUCGAUCACCUCCCAGAGCAGCAAGAGGAGCAAAGCCAGCUCCAGGAGUAGCUCCAAGAGCAACAGCUCCCAGAUUCCCACAGAGGCACAGGAUGACUGCUGCGUUCACUGCAUCCUGGCCUGCCUCUUUUGUGAAUUCCUGACGCUGUGUAACAUCGUCCUGGACUGCGCCACCUGCGGCUCGUGCGCAGGCAACGACUCGUGUUUCUGCUGCUGCUGCGCGUCGGAGGAGUGCGGUGACUGCGAUCUGCCGUGCGACAUGGACUGCGGCAUCAUCGACGCCUGCUGUGAGUCUGCAGACUGCCUGGAGAUCUGCAUGGAGUGCUGCAGCCUUUGCUUCUCUUCCUGAGGUCACUACGCCCAGGGGGGUGCAACCACUUCUUCACUUCUCAAUCUUAUCUCCACAAAGCCCGGGAGCGACUUCGAUCAGCGUCUUGUCAAAGCUGCGAAGUGCUACAUUCGGUCUUUGUUGUCAUAACUUGGCCUGGACUCUGUGGCUCUCACGAUAUUGGCUUGCCUUGUUGGCUCCACAAUACAGUAUGUCCCUCACAAAAGAGUUUUGAGAGCAGUCAAUGGUGAAUUCCUCCCUCUUUUAUGGAUCAAACCAGAGAAAAGCAGCCCGUCCUGCUUUGUGCUGGCUGUUGGGCCAUCGCUACACAGUCUGAUGUGCACUGCAGUUUCAGCUGUGGUCCGCUAACGUGGAUUGUUCCAAUGGAUCCCCUUGUGUCGUCUAAGUGACUGGAGUUCUCCAAGCGUGAAAAAUGACCUCCAAAGGCAAAUGAGAAAAUGGAUCCAUUUAACCGGAUUUUAGUGUUUCUGUUGAUAAGAGCAGCAGCGUAAUGGAAAAAUUGAAGCUCAGCUCUCUGUAGAACUGUCUGAGUCUGUCCUUGGCAAGGUUAACGUCUUCCAGUCUGAUUGCAUGCCGUGGCCUUUGUGACACGCACGGCCCAAGAGGCUGAUGUUGGAUCCAUUGAUGUCUUUGUCCACGGAGAAAUCUACAAAACAGAGAAUAAUCGUGGCUUGUGGCAAUAUUAUAGACACAUUUCCUUUGUUCGUAAGUGUCUCAUUUAACAGACGUAAUCAGCGUAGAAUCAUGAGAGAGUCAUUCAUCAGCUUGCAGAUGGAGUGCAUCAAAUCAGACCCGUUAGUGAUGGACAUCAGCGGGCAACGCUUGAUGGCAUUUAUAAUGAUCACAUUCUCUGCUUAAAGUGAAGGGAGCGUUCGCAAUCAAAUGUCUCUCCUCAUUUCAUAGUUCAUAUCGUGUUUACUUUUACAUUGAUUUGAGGAGUUCGGCUGUGUCCACUGAAAUAUUCCUCGUCCAAAUGGUCAAAACUGGUAAAAGGACUGGACUAGAAGGCAGCAUUUUUCUUGAAUACAUUUCAUCUUUCUUUGUCAAGCUCGUUAUGUGAACAAAUGGUCUUCUCGGCUUAGCUCACUGCCUCCCUUUCCAAGUAGAUUCCAAAUCUCUAUUAAUCCUUUUUGGGGGCUAGAUUUUCGUUAAGAUAUUUGCAUUUCUCCUCUAAUGUGAAAAUCACAUUUCUGUGUUAUCAGGUUUGACCAAGCUAGCUGUAGAGCAGGUACGGCUGAACAUCUAAUUGAAUUCUGCCAGUGAAAAUCUCAUAUUGCAUUAUGCUAAGUUGGAUUCACACGCCCAUAGUAUGAAUGGUACGAUUUUGAUAACAGGCCUUGACUCUUAUACCAUCACACACAUUUUCUCCAAGCCAACACUAUGUGCUUUAUAAAUGACUUGAUGCAUAUCUCUCCUCUAAUAAUCCGAUAUUUUGUGCAAUUUUGUUUCUUGAAAAUAUCAAAGUUUACUUUGACUGGAAGAUAGUUUCUUGAUUUAUCAACGUGUGUACAUAGAAGGGUUCGUGUGUGAAUUCAAACCCUAUUCUAGGGGCUGACUUUGGUAAGAAUACACAAAGAGCAGGAAAUCAAGCUAAUAACAGCAACGCAGAAAUGAACGUUUCUGGAAUUAAACAAGUGGAACUGGAGAUUUUAUGACUAAGAGUGUCUCAAAAUUUCCAACACAUUGAAAAUUAUAAUACUGGAAAGCCCUGGAAAACAAUGCAAUAUUUCACAGAGAUUUAUGGAGGGACAACUGGAUCAUAGAAUACUACAGACAAAUGGAUUACAAUGUCAUGUUUGGGGUAAGAUACAAAAUACCGAAGCACUUUAACUGGGAACAGGUUCUCUGUCGCCAAACCAACCAUAUCACAAGAACAACCAUCAAAAUUGUAUGUACUUGGCAAAACCAAAGGAAAAUAAACAUCAGACUUUUUUAGGGUGAAUCCUUACAGUAAAUGAAAGCUACUUUGAAAUCAGUCAAUCGCUUCACAGCCAAAAAGCCCUUUUUUAAGCACAACGUAUUCAUUGAUGACAACAGCACAAUGUUUUUGUUUGUUUGUUUUCUUUAACAGUCUACUUGGCGUGGGCAACACAGUUUGUUUAUUCUCGUUCAGAGUAACCAAGCUUUAAACCAACACAUACAUACAUACAUACAUGCUAAACUAACUUGUCACUGUUAUCACAUACAGUGUAUUGUUCCGGAAUAAACAUUUUAUUUUAACACUACUAUUAAAGCAACAUCUGCACCAUGUUGGUUGGUUGGUUGGUUGGAAGGUUUGGUCGGGAAGUGGAUAACACCUUAUAAAAAUAAAUAAAUAAAUAAAUGUAAUUUGGAUAAGCAUAUUAUGGCUAUUAUUACUGGAAAUAGAAAUUUUAUGUAGCUCCUACCAUACCAUUGAUUCUCUGGUAUUUGGAUGAUGUUCCAUUAUUCCCAUUCCAUUUUUUUUUAACUUCACUACGAACAGUGUUUAGCUUUAUGGAUUUGUAAUCUUGUGAUAAUUUUAGUUUUAUUUUUUUAAGUGGUUUAUAUAUAAGCUGGCCCCCUCUACUAGUAGUGUAAAGUCUAUCACAGUCCAGAUGAAAUGUUACUUGAGUAUUGUCCACAAUAAUGUCAAUCUGUUUACAACAUAGCAACUUUGUUUACUUCAAGUGCUGUCUUGGGAGUCACAUGAAAAACUUUUCGUUUAGUACUGAAUAAACAAUGUGAACUCCAAAACAUG